AUGCAGGAGAAAUCGCAGGGAGGAGAAACUGCUCCCUGGAAAAAGGCCUCUUCUUGCCAGAUCUGGGUCUGCACGACGUCUGCAGGAUGGGCACAUCUCUUUGAGGUGAGGAGUUGGCGAUUUUGUUGAGGUGCUCUCGAAUGCGGCAGCCUCUGAUGACAGCCAGACCUCAGCUAGGUCAUCACAGUACCUGCAAAGGAGUGUCUGUGUACAAAUCUCUUCAAAGUUCGCUGAGGACUGCGCCAGAGAGGAAGAUCAAGGCGUGCAGAUUCCAUUUCCUUGUCUGCGUGUUCACCGAUUGAUUGCCUUUGUGUGUGUGUCUGUGUGUGAGUGUGUGUCCUCCAGGGUCGUAGCGUGACUCAUACUGAGGCUUGGUGCAUCUUCAGCUUCCAGGCUGAACGAAAGUACGCGGAGCAACCAAUGCACGGAGUGCCGGUUGUCUCUUCUUCCUCCUCAGGUCCUCUCCAUCUGUCAGCCAGCCAGCCAUGCAUCGGUCACAAGAGGUCCUUCUCAGUCAGCUGCUGAUCGGCGCUCUCGUGUUCGUCGACUGGGCCAUCGUGGCCAAGCUCACCAUCGCCAUAUGCGCCCUGGUCUUCCUCCUCAACUCCCACCCCCUGGCCCGCUUGUGUGCCGUUAUCACCUGCGGCAUCGUGCUGAUACUGAAUCGGCUGAAGGAGCAUUUCCAGCGGCAAUCUACUAGGGCCGAGGAGGAAAGUGCGGGCGAGCCGAGAGCUCAGAGGAAUGACAGCAAUAAUGGGUGGGAGAAGGUGGAGAGGGAGGGGGCAUCGGACGAAGAGAGGAAGGACCGGUAGCGAGCCAGACAGGAUGGGAUGUGAUGUGAUGAGAGGGCGGGUAUCCAUAUGGUCUCGGUGCCCUUGUGUGUGUACAUACUCGGACCAGUGAGUGACACAAGAGAUCUUAUGACGGGCUGUGAUGCGACCUCCAUGUACCAUGCUGUAAUUAAUGAGACUGAUGACUGA